AUGAUGUUUUUUCGGUAAGGUGAGCUGCGCUUGGUGAUAGUCAAAAUAAUAUUGUUUAUUUGUAGAGCUGGGCCGUCAAGACGCUGGAUCACCAAUGGAAAGACAGUAUUUGACCGAUCAGAAGCCGGAAUUCAUCAAACGGGUGAGUUAUUUAUAUUGUACUUAGGUUUGAUUUUUAGGCCAUGCGAUGCGGAUACCCGACGGUAACGAUGGUGGUAAUGCCUUGUUCCGCUUCGACGCAAUCGACCCGACCCUUUCUUCCAAUCGUCGACUUGAAUCAGCGCCAUGGAGUUAA